CCAAACCACAUCAGGCAUGACUGGCCUGGGCCAAACGCUGCGUCUCGCCUGAUGGGUGCCAUGACACCUCCCACGCAGCCCCGGUAUUUGCCUAUCGAUUUGAUGGCCUGUGACGAUACGAUACGACCGAUAGAGGGAGAGAGGGGGAGGGGGUUUGCGAGAAACCGUGGAGAAGUGAGGGGAUUCAAUGGCCAGACAGAGCGCGCGGCCACAUCACGAUGACCAAGAGACGCCAGCGCCAGUGGAAUAGAGGGCCGCUCCGCUGUGACUGGCCGGAUUCGAGGCCAUCUACUCCAUCGAAGCUCUACCAGUGGUUCACAGGCCACUACUUUGCACGCCAAAGAAGCAGGCGUUUCGCACCGUCGCCCUUAGUAGAGCGCACACUACUGGCCCGUCCCGAGCUUUUGAGUGGUCACAAGUCAGCGGGUAUGGCGUCCACCCGCUGUCCGGGUCGUGCGGGAGCGAACAACGCCGUCCAUUACUCUCUUGAGUCCUGAGGAGCAGCUCAUUCCUUUGGGGGAAGGGGGGUCGUC